UAGCCAAACAGUUCAGACUAGAGCGUUUAAAUCAAAAAAGAAGAGAUUUUGUCAAUUGACAUUUAGUUAACUGACAUUAAUAACAUAAUUUUUGGUCGACAAGAGCAGUGUAAUUUCUCCAAUGCCUUUAGGUGACCAGCUCGAAAACCAGAAUCCUUCGGUGUUUGGCAAAAGCGAGGAUAGAAGCACCACCUUAGAAGAAGAAGACGAUUCGGUCGUAGACGACUUCGAUCGCAGAGAAAUUUUCGAGCAUCCACUAUCGUUGGAAGAAUUGCACGUUGUCCAGGAAGAUUUAAUCCACGUGAAAAACAAUGAAAAUGAUGUCCAUGUCCACUUCACCCCUACAAUUCCGCACUGUAGCAUGGCAACUUUGAUAGGACUAUCUAUACGUGUGAAAUUGUUGAGGUGCUUGCCGGUCAGAUUCAAAGUUAAGGUAGAGGUUACUCCAGGUACCCACAACGCGGAGCAGCAGGUCAACAAACAGUUGGCCGAUAAGGAACGUGUCGCUGCUGCUUUGGAAAACCCCCAUUUGAUCAAAGUCAUCAAUCAGUGUGUGGCGCCGCGUAUUAGAGGAUAA